AAAAAAGAAAAGAAAAGAAAGAAAAAAUAAUUGAAAAAAGAAAAAGUAUAUCGAGCUCCUGAACAUAAUAAUGGAUAAUGAGCCUGCUAUCCACGCCACGAGGACGAAGGAACUACAUGUAGGUAAGAUAAAAAAAAAAAAAGGAUAAAGAUAAAUGUAAGAGAAUCGUAAGAAAAAAAAAUAUUCUAUUGAAUUUAACGCAAAUAGAGUUAAUUUAAUACGCGAUUGUUUUCACACAUUAGAAAGAGAUAAAAAAUAGAGAGAGGAUAAAGAAAAUAUCACGACCUCAUUUUCUUUAUUCCACAUUCAUAUAUCGAUAUAAAGAAGUUACGAUAAAUCAGAUACAACGAAAUAUUCUCGACAAAUUCUCAUGGGAACGAUAAACUUGUCGUACUUUCGACGUUCUAGUAAAUUAUGCGAAUGAAAAAUCUUCAGAGAUUUGACAUAUACGUAAUAAUGUCGAAAGAUUUACGCAUACGUAAUAUUACAUAAAACCUCUUCAAAUCGACACCGUUUCACCACAAAAUUAUUAUUCGAAUGGUAAUAUGAUAAUUACACUCUCGAAAAUUUAACAACUUUUGUAUCAGUUGACGUCACGUGACGUAACCAUACGACUUCGAUUCCGGAAGAUAACUUUCCAAAAGAUUUCGAUUGAUUGCUCUUUCGCUUCUUCGUUGAAACAUUUUCUAUUUUAAUAAAGAAAAUAAUGGAGAUAUGAAGAGACUAGUAAAAAAAGAAAUUAAAAAAAAAAGAAAAAAACAAAAAAGACAAACAAACAAAGAAAGAAAAAAAUCUAUAUAAAAAUCUCGAAGGUUAAGGAUAGUAUCCAAGAGGAUGCACGUCGAUGUCAUCAAUCACGAUUUCCCUCUAUUGUCUUUCGAAGGGAACACUAACUGCGUAACAUAAAUAUACAAGCUGUCUCUUCGUGUUUCUACAAACUAUUCUCCGACCACGCAUCCCUUUCUCUCUCUAUCUCUCUUUAGGCAAGAGAAAAACUGACGAAAUCGUCGAGUUCGUUUCUCGAAAAUAUCUCAACUUAUCCUACGGCGAAUGUAACAAAAGAUUACUUACACCUAUAACAAUGAAGAUAACGAAGCAUGAGCCUAAUCGGUAAGUCGAAAUGACUCGAUCUUUACGCAAAUGGAAAUAUCGGUGCUUAACGAUCAGACAGAUUCAUAGAGAUCGAUAGUCGCACGUGUUUCAUUCCCUCGUCGUCAUUUCACAAGCAUCCAUCCUAUCAACUUUUACGUAUCGUUAUUUUUAUUAUUAUUAUUAUUUUUUUUUUUUUUUUUUUUUUUUUUUUUAUUAUUAUUAUUAUUAUUUUUAUUAUUAUUAUUAUGAUUAUCGAAAGAAAAGGAUUGAGGCGAAGAAGAGGAAACGAAAGGUAACGAUACGGCACCCUUCGAAUGAUCGAGAUCGAUCAAGCCGAUAAAUCGCUACCGUUAGGAUGGAUACUGUUUUCUUCGUGGAAUGCAAUAUGGGUUCGGUUAAAAGCAAAUCACGGAGUAGUAGCAGAAAUAAAAUGUCAACGAUGUCGCGGCAACGAUGUUGCACCAAAGAGCAAACGCAUCCUUUUAAAAGGUUCUGAGAUAGAGAGUAUUGUUAUGUGAUCUGGCGUACCCUUAAACGAGCGAAUUCUCGUUCUUACGUUCGUGACGACGUUGCCCUUUCCACGUCGGAUCCGUUUUCAAAACCGACAACCGACAUGAUAAUGUCUCUCAUCCGUCUCUUAUCCACGAAAGAGAUCGAGAAAAUUAUAACGAGACCUAGUUAAAUGGUACAACGAUUUUAUUAUGGAUCGAGGACUUUGAGGACUCGACGAAACUAUUAGUCCGCCAUAUUGAAAGACACGAGAUUAUACAAUUAUAACAUUGAACGUGUUGAUUUAAAUUCGUCAAAGUGUCAAAAUAAGACGCGACGAUCAUAUUUCAAAUAUAAUAUAUCUCAUUAAAUGAAAUAAUCGCGAUUCGUUAAAAAUUCGAAUGAGAUUAAAUGAAAUUGAGAUGAUUAUUAUGACGUAUAGCAAGGGAGAAAAAGAAACACAUUUUUAUGGAUAAAAAUUUCAAUUUUUCAAGAUUUAGAUAUAGAGGAGAGAGGGUCGAUCGUGUUUUCCUUUCUAAAUCGAUGAAAUAUCGAUGUCAUGUAAAUGUCGCGCUAAAACAGGAGUAGAAAGAGGAGAAGGAGGAAAAGGAGGGGAGAAUAUCGAGUAGAAGUUGAUUCUACGAGGGCGAACGAACGAUCGAUGAUUCUCAGUGCAUACAUCAUCGGGGAAGAAGAAGAAGAAGAAGAAGAAGAAGAAAAAAAAGAAGAAGAAAAUGGUAGCUACCUUUGCCUCUUGUUGUUCUUCUCGACAUAGUCAAGGAACAGUAGAAGACAGUAGAGAAAUACGGAGGGGGAAAAAAGCGUUCAGUUGCGCGGAGUAUAUAAGACACGGGGGAGCCAACGAGCUCGGUAGAAUCUCUCCUAGGACAAAGGAGCUACGUGAUUUCGUCGCGUUUCGAUACACACACACACACACAUAUAUAUAUAUAUAUAUACAUACAUAUAUAUAACAAAAAAAAAGAAAGAGAAAAACGAGAGAAAAAAAAAAGAAGAAAUAAUUACGCAAAUAUAAAUCUUCGUGUCUGCGAUCGAUCGACCGACCGACCGACCGACCGACCGACCGAUCGAUCGAUCGUUCGUUCGUUCGUUCGUUCGUAUUAUAAGCUAAUCGAUCGUAUUUAAUUACCUUACGUACGUACGUGCGUUCGUGUCGUGUUCGUGGGAUAUGCCAUUUCGAGUGUGUCGUCACAACAAGUGAUCGUCGUUCUCAGCACCAUCGCCAUGGAUCCUCGUCGAUUUAUCGUCGCACGAUCGUUGGUCGCCGUUUGUCUUCUAUACGCGACUUACUGUUCGGCUGAAAAAUUGUCACCCGAUCAAAAGGCCCCACCUUUCGCUCGUGGCUCCGGUGGACUUAUUUUGAAGGCACCCUUCGAAGGUGGAAGUCAACCGGCAGGUUCGAGUAACAUUGACGGAGUUCAAAGGGAAGAAAAGGAAGAUAUUAAAAUCGUUGACGGUCAACCGGUUCGCGUUGUGGAAGGAAGUUUCUCUUAUAAGAGCCCUGAAGGACUUCCUGUGUCUUUUAAGUACGUCGCCGAUGAAAACGGAAACAAAGCCAGCUUCAAAUUUGGUACAGCCGCUGGAGGUGGUAAUGGAAUUCCUGGAGGUGGUAAUGGAAUUCCGGCUCCUACGGGUUAUCCACCGAGGGGACCACCCAAUGGCGUUGGCAAUGGCAAGGAACCAGGAAUAUAUUUGCCACCAAGUUCCAAUAAGGACAAGAACGUCGAUAGAAAAUAUCUUCCACCGCAAUAAUCGAUCUUUCUCGUACUAUCCAAUGGCAUUUCAAUCAGAAAGGAUUGGAAAAUGGAUUUCAAUGUAAUCGAUAGAGAUGAUCGAUACGACGACCCUUCUACUUUUUAAUUAACGAUGCGUUCAAAGAAGAAAACAAUCCCGCGUGAGCUCCAUUUAAAUCGACGAUAAUUUUAGAGAACGCGUCGUUUAGAAAUAUAUAUAUAUAUUUCAAAAAUAAUUUAUGACGACGUUAAUGCGUCGUAAUCACGGACUUAAUAUGUACAAAGAUUCAAAUCCGUAUCUCUUCGGGAGAUCACGUGAUAAUAAGAGAAAAAUAUAUUUUUUUAUAAAUUUG